AUGCACCGCCCACUAGAUUACUUUACCCCAACUUAUGUGAUGGGGAAAGUAGAAUCGUCUUUUUGGCGACGAUAUGUCAAUGUGCUACGAACUGAGUUGUAUGAGUUUCUAAGCAUAGAAAGCAGUUUCCUCAACCUAAUAACUGCCUUGAAGGGAUGCGAUGCAACCCAGCUGUUUAUCAUCAAGUGCGACCUCACGGAUUUCAGCAGUAUUCGUGCUUGCGCCAAAGAAAUGUUGGCACAUGAGGAAAGAAUCGACAUUCUCAUCAACAAUGCCGGAGUUAUGUUUCUUCCGAAAUAUGAGAGAACCGUUGAUGGUCAUGAAAAGAUCUGGCAGUCUAAUUUUUUGGGUAAGAAUAAUUCACUUUUUAAACUCUCUUUUUAAUC